UAAAAUAUUCACCGGUUUCGCAUCGGUUAGAGAGCAGUUAUACCCGACAAUGUAUUAAAGUGGCUACCCCGGACACCGGACGCCAUCUUGAAUCAAACAAUCUCUUUCUAGCUCAUUUAAUUUAUGGGCAACACUAAACUACAAGAUUUUACAACAAUUUUCGUUAAACGAUGAUUCGCCAUUUUACGAUUUCAUCAAAGAAAUACUAGAAAAGAAUAUCUUGAUAGUAAGUAGACACGACUGCAAUAUGUACUGCAACACGAACAAUAUAAUUUAUUGCAGUCGGUGAAGAUAUGGCUCAGUUUGGUGGAAAAAAUCCGCCUUGGGCAAGACCUGAUCGUGAGUUUUUUGCAUUUGCUCCUCAGCAAAACUCGUUCAAUUCAAUGGAUUUAAAUGUUGCAGUUUCCCUUACCCAAGGAAUACCUCCUCAGCACAUUGGAGGAGCUGUGUUGGCUCCAGGAGCUGUUCCUGCGGGAGGUAUUUAUAGUUUGACUACCUCUCAACCUGGAAUGGUACCUCAGCAAUAUACUGCUCAACAAGUUGCUGUUGCAAAUCAAUUAGGACAGCCUAUAGCCACAGCAGUGCUACCUCCGAUGCCUACUGUCAGUUAUGCAGGUGCUAGACCAGCAGUAGCUGCACCAGCGGUACCAACAACCAACGCUCAAAAUACUGUGAAUAAACCUCAAAGGGACAGAUUCUUCACUGGAACAGUAACAAAGUUGCACGAUUCUUUCGGCUUUGUUGACGAGGAUGUCUUUUUUCAAUUAACUGUUGUAAAAGGACAAAUGGUUAAAGUCGGUGAUAGGGUUUUGGUUGAGGCUUCAUACAAUGUUAAUAUGCCAUUUAAAUGGAAUGCUUCUAGAAUUCAGGUGCUACCUAAUCAGUGUUCUAGCAAUAAUCAGACAAAUAUCCCUGGAUUCAAGGGUAGUCAAUCGACUGGUAGUGGAGUAAUGUCCCAGAAUUCUCAACCUCCUGCAAGGCAAGGUAGUACACCUCAACAAACGCCUUCUAGCAGAGGAAGAAAUCAGGACUCCUACAAUAGAGAUAGAGAAAGGGACAGGGAUCGAAGAGAAAGAGAUCGUAGGGAUAGAGAAAGAGAAAGAAGAUCUCCACCACCUCGACGCAAAUCCAGGUCACCAAGACCAAGAUCACGCUCUCCGAGGCGAACUAUCAGUCCAGUCCGCCCAUUUCGUAGGUCAGCAAUUGGAGGGGCCAAUACAUCAACCAGAGCUUCUACAAGAUACCAUGUAACUGUUGCGAAAUUGUCAUUGGAUACUUUACAAGCAAAUGUUAUAUCCCUCAAAUCAAGAUAUCAAAAUUUGUACAUACCGUCAGAUUUUUUCAAUGCCAAGUUCACUUGGUCUGAAGUUUUUCCCCUUCAUCGACCAUUGAGUCUGUCGCAUCCCUGUUCCUUUCAUGUUAUGCAUAAAGAAGUUAGCAUGCCUUUGCCGACAUUUUGCAAAGCAGCGCUAAAUUCAGAACCUAAUGACGUCGAUUAUCGAUUUAGUGCUAAAGUUAUGCUAUUGGCUUGUCCUCCCCUUCCAGAUUUAUAUAGAAAAGCAUGUAAUUUGGCUGAAGACUCGGAAAAUUCUCAUCAACACCCAACUAGGUUAAUAAAUUUUCUGGUUGGAUUGAAAGGAAAAACCGAGCCUAUGGCUAUAGGAGGUGCAUGGAGUCCUUCUUUGGAUGGUCAGGAACCUGAAAAAGAUCCCCGAGUUCUUAUCAACACCGCAAUAAGAACGACAAAGGCCUUAACAGGGAUUGACUUGAGCAUGUGUACUCAGUGGUACCGUUUUCUAGAAAUUCGCUAUCAGAGGGCAGAAGAGCAACAUAGGGGGAAAACAUUACCCAAACGAGUCGAAACCGUCGUCGUAUUCGUUCCGGAUGUUUGGAGAUGUAGGCCGUCCGCUGUUGAUUGGCUGAAGACGCAGAAAUCGUAUCAGGAAUUGCUGGAUUUCAAGCUAAAGGGCGAAAAGCUUGCUGCUGAAGAGGCUACUGAACAGGUCGAUGUUACAAAUGAAAAAGAAGAAAACAAAAUGGACGCAGAGAAUAACGAAGAAGAAAAAGUUUUACAGCCUUCUGACUCAUCGCAAUUGGAUCUAAAAUCUCUUAAAUUGACUGAAUUACAACUUGAAUUGGAGUCUAGAAAUAUUAAUAGCAAAGGUAUAAAAUCUCAGCUAAUUGCUCGCCUUACAAAGGCUUUAAAAAAUGAAGGCGAAGUUGAAGCUUCUAAUCAAGACGAUCAGCCUGCAUCUGAAACACCCCCAGAGACAGAUGCUAAAGAUAUGGCAGAAGAGUCAGCUAUGUCGCAAUCUCCAUCACAGGAAGCCCCUGAGGGCAAAGAGGAAAAAUUAAGCAAGUGGGAUGAAGAGGAAAAGAAGAGAAGAGAAGAGAGAGAAAAAUCUCAAUUAGAGAGACGAUAUACUCUACCCGAUUCACCUGCUAUUAUAUGUCAUCCAUCAACAACUGCUAAAAAUGGAAAAUUUGAUUGUACAGUAAUGUCUCUAUCUGUUUUAUUAGACUAUCGUCCAGAAGAUAACAAGGAGCACUCUUUUGAAGUUUCGUUAUUUGCUGAAUUGUUUAAUGAAAUGUUAUCUAGGGAUUUUGGAUUUAUGAUUUAUAAAUCGUUACUUGCGGCUCCUGAAAAGCCCAAAGAAGACAAACCUGAAAAAACUGAAAAGAAGAAGGAAAAUACAGAGAAAAAUGGAUCUGAGGAACCUGAGAGUAAAAAAGUAAAACUUGAGGAGAAAACUGAAAGCGAAGAAGAUAAAAAGGAAAAAGAAACUAGAGAUAAUUUAUCGAAUGAUGCUGACAAUACCUCGGUUAAAAGUGAUGAAAAAGAUGAUGAAAAACGAAGGCGGCGAGAUAAAAAAGAAGAGAGGAGAAGUUCUCCGGAAAAAAAUGUUAAGCAUUAUACAGCUAUACCUAAACUGCUAUUAGCCUUUGCGUAUUUCGAUCAAAACCAUAGUGGUUAUUUAUUAGAAAAAGAUUGCGAAGAUAUUAUCCAUACAAUUGGUUUGCAUCUAUCUAGAUCGCAAAUCAAAAAAAUCGUUCAGAAAGUCAGUUCAAGAGAUACAAUAUUUUAUAGGAAGUUAACAGACAAAGCCGUUCAGGAGGGUGAGGAAAAAAUUUUAGAAGAUAGUGAGACUCUUAAGGAGGCAAGACUAGCUAGUGAAGCUCAAUUUUAUAAAUCUUUACCAAGUGACGAAGAAAUUGGAAAGGGUAACCGACCUAAAAUUGAAGAGUUCAAAUGUGAAGCUCAAAUAGAGGAAGUAGAUGGUGGUGAUAAUCAUUUGAUAAUACAUAAGGGAGCCGUAGUUGAUAUAGAACAAAUCCUUAGUCGUUUGGAGACGUCAGAAAUGGGCAGACUAGAAGUAGAAAGACGUUUCUCUACCGUAAAGGAAGAAUUAGAUUUUCUAAAGCGAUCCGUAGUUAAUAAAGAAGCAGCGAACAGUCAACUGCAAAAUGAUGUCAUAGAAGUUAAACGACGAUUAAGAGAACAAAAGCGAAAUACAGAUUUUGCUGAAUCUAGGGCUAAGCAUUUAGUCGAUUCGCUCAGAAGAUCUCACGACUUGCUGGAUAGAGCAAGAUCAGAACUUGCUAACGCUCUAUCAAAAGACGACGCCAAAAGGGAGAGAGAAUCUGAAAGAGAAAAACGUGAAGAAAAAGAAAGAAGAGAGAGAGAGCUUAAGUUGAAACUAGAAAAGGAAGAGAAGAACAAAGAAAGAGAGGAUAAAAGGAAAAAUGAAGAACAGAAUCAAUCUACAAACCAGCAAGUUCAGACAGAUAUAGAUAAAAAGCCAGAGGAAUCUAAAGUUAAGACUGAAGCUAAAGAGGACUGUAACGCUGAAAAAAAAACUGAAGAUAAGAAAGGCGAAAAAGAUGUAAAAGAUAACUGUAAAGAAGGACAAGACGCUGAUGUUGAUACUUCUUCAAAUAAACAAGCAGUUGCCAAAGAAACUGAUAAUGUAGGACAAUCAUCUUAGCUAUUGAAAAUUUUGUUAUAUACCAGGAUAAUUACUUCUUUAUUUCUUAUUAUAUAAAAAAUUUACAGUGUUCAUCCGCUUUUUCGGCUUCUAAUGUUUAUUUAUCGAUUUGGUUUGCACAUAUUUAUGUUAAGGAAUGUAAUUUUUUGUGACUAAAUACAAAUGGCACAGUGUAUUUAAAACUUAUUUAAAAAAUUAAAUAAAGGAAAGCGAGAAGACAAAAAGAAGGAGCAAAUACUGAGUUUCCAUCAGGCAUAAUUUAUAUGUUUUUUUUAUUCAGCUAUUUUAUAGUUUGCUAAAAGAGUAGAUAUCGAUAAUUAAUGUUUGUCAAUCUUAUGAAAGAGAAGCAAUUUUCUUUUAUUUUCUUUUCACCUAUAUAGGACGAUAACAG